UUCCCCUGCAGUUCUGGGAGGUCAUCAGCGAUGAGCACGGAAUAGACCCCAGUGGCAACUAUGUGGGGGACUCGGACCUGCAGUUGGAGCGCAUCAGCGUCUACUACAACGAGGCCUCCUGUGACAAAUACGUGCCUCGGGCCAUCCUCGUGGACCUGGAGCCCGGAACCAUGGACAGCGUCCGGUCUGGGGCCUUCGGGCACCUCUUCAGGCCUGACAACUUCAUCUUCGGUCAGAGUGGGGCCGGCAACAACUGGGCCAAGGGUCACUACACGGAGGGCGCCGAGCUGGUGGACUCCGUCCUGGACGUGGUGCGGAAGGAGUGCGAGAACUGCGACUGCCUGCAGGGCUUCCAGCUGACCCACUCGCUGGGCGGGGGCACGGGGUCCGGGAUGGGCACGCUGCUCAUCAGCAAGGUGCGGGAGGAGUACCCCGACCGCAUCAUGAACACCUUCAGCGUGGUGCCCUCGCCCAAGGUGUCGGACACAGUGGUGGAGCCCUACAACGCCACGCUGUCCAUCCACCAGCUGGUGGAGAACACGGACGAGACCUACUGCAUCGACAACGAGGCCCUCUACGACAUCUGCUUCCGCACCCUCAAGCUUGCCACGCCCACCUACGGGGACCUCAACCACCUGGUGUCGGCCACCAUGAGCGGGGUCACCACCUCCCUCCGCUUCCCCGGCCAGCUCAACGCUGACCUGCGCAAGCUGGCUGUCAACAUGGUGCCCUUCCCCCGCCUGCACUUCUUCAUGCCUGGCUUCGCCCCCCUCACCAGCCGGGGCAGCCAGCAGUACCGGGCCCUCACGGUGCCCGAGCUCACCCAGCAGAUGUUCGACGCCAAAAACAUGAUGGCCGCCUGCGACCCGCGCCACGGCCGCUACCUGACCGUGGCUGCUAUCUUCCGGGGCCGCAUGUCCAUGAAGGAGGUGGACGAGCAGAUGCUGGCCAUUCAGAGCAAGAACAGCAGCUACUUCGUGGAGUGGAUCCCCAACAACGUGAAGACGGCCGUGUGCGACAUCCCGCCCCGGGGGCUGAAGAUGUCCUCCACCUUCAUCGGCAACAGCACAGCCAUCCAGGAGCUGUUCAAGCGCAUCUCCGAGCAGUUCACGGCCAUGUUCCGGCGCAAGGCCUUCCUGCACUGGUACACGGGCGAGGGCAUGGACGAGAUGGAGUUCACCGAGGCCGAGAGCAACAUGAACGACCUGGUGUCCGAGUACCAGCAGUACCAGGACGCCACGGCUGAGGAGGAGGGGGAGAUGUACGAAGACGAUGAGGAGGAGUCGGAGGCCCAGGGCCCCAAGUGAGGCAGCCGGGGACCAGGGCCAAGAGGGCUGUCCCCAGAGCCACGCAGUCGCUGUUGCCGCCCCAGCCUCGCCCCCCAGCACAUCACCCUAGGCCCCCGAGUGUCUGUCCUUCAUAUUUGCAGCACUCAGUUCUGUCUUCCCUCCAUAGGUCCUUCCCAUUUUUGUGUUUCGUUUGUCUCUGCUUUGUCAGCUCUGGGUCUGAAGUCACAUGUGUGUUUUUUUUAACUUGUUUGUGUUCAUAUUUGGGGGGGGGAUACUUAAUAAAUUUAUUGCUGUCAGAUUCCC